UCUGAACUCCAUUCUAAUCUUCAAAACCUAAAAUAAUUCAUUGAAUAUCUUUAUCAUCAUCAUCUGAUCCAAUAUCACUUUCUCUCUCAACUCAACUGAAAUGGCGAGAACCGGCAACAAGAACAUCCAGGCGAAGCUGGUAUUACUUGGAGAUAUGGGUACUGGGAAAACCAGCUUGGUGCUAAGAUUUGUAAAAGGCCAAUUUUAUGAGUACCAGGAAUCAACCAUUGGAGCAGCUUUUUUUACUCAGGUCUUAUCAUUAAAUGAAGCUACUAUAAAGUUUGAUAUUUGGGACACAGCGGGACAAGAACGGUACUAUAGCUUAGCGCCAAUGUACUAUCGUGGUGCAGCUUCAGCUGUGGUGGUUUAUGAUAUAACAAGCAUGGAUUCGUUUGAACGAGGCAAAAAAUGGGUCCAAGAACUACAAAGACAAACAAAUCCAAACCUGGUUAUUGUUUUUGUGGCAAAUAAGGCUGACUUAGAAAGUAAAAGACAAGUUCAAUUGGAGGUAGGUGAGAAGUAUGCUAAAGAGAAUGGCCUCAUUUUCUUUGAAACAUCUGCAAAAAGUGCUCAAAAUGUCAAUGAGCUUUUCUAUGAAAUAGCAAAAAAACUAGCGAAAGCAGCACCAGCAAGGCCAACCGGGAUGAGACUACAUAACAGACCUCAAGAAAGGAGGAAUAGAGGGCGCGGCUUCUGUUGCUCGAGUUGAACCAAAAUAUGUUGAAGCCGUAAGUAAAUCUAAUUGGUUGUUAAUCAAUCGUCGUUCAUCUUAUCUUUAUGAUUAAACUAAGAAAAUUUACUGCUUUGAAUUUCUUCAUCUAUUGUGGAAUAUGACUGCCUUUUUUUAAAAUUUAAAUGGUUUGUGAAUAAAAGUUACUGCUUCACUUCUUCUUCA